AGACAGAAAACGCUUCGUGAACUUUGUGUUGUUUUUUUUUUAACGAGGUCUGUCUCGCAACAAGGCUGUUAUAUAUAUCUCUACCGGGAGCGCUCACCCCCCCUCGAGCAACAUGGCGGAUAACAUUAUCGUCAGGGUACAGUCCCCGGAUGGGAUGAAGAAAAUUGCUGCCACCAAGAGGGACACUGCUGCUGCUUUUUUGAAGAAGGUGGCCAAAGAGUUUGGAUUCAAUUCCAACGGGUUUUCUAUUUACCUGAACCGCAACAAGACCGACGAGAUCCUUUCUCAGAACAAAGCCCUCAGCCUGCUUAAGAUCAAGCAUGGCGACAUGUUGUAUCUGUUCCCUUCAGGAUCCUCGACCUCCUCCGGGGAAGUAAUGGACACGGCCACCCCACAUUCAUCUACGUCGCUACCAUCCAUCUCAUCCUCUUCAUCCUCCUCAUCGACCUUCCUGAUCCCUCGGUCCUUCUCAGCACCCCAGGUCCAAGAGGAUGAGAUCGAUCAGUAUCUGACCAAGCAGGACGGCAAGAUCUACAGGAACAAAGAUCCACAGCUAUGUCACCAUGGUGCUCUCGGCAAAUGCGUGCACUGUGUACCGUUAGAGCCUUUUGACGAAGACUACCUGAAUCACCUCGACCCACCAGUCAAGCACAUGUCAUUCCACGCAUACAUUCGCAAGCUGACCGGGGGAGCUGAUAAAGGGAAGUUUGCAGCUCUGGAGAACAUUAGCUGUAGGAUCAAGUCGGGCUGUGAAGGCCACCCUCCCUGGCCUGAGGGGAUCUGCACCAAGUGCCAGCCCAGCGCCAUCACACUAAACAGACAGAAAUACAGACACGUGGACAACAUCAUGUUUGAGAACCACACCAUCGCUGACCGCUUCCUGGACUUCUGGAGGAAGACGGGCAGUCAGAGGAUGGGCUACUUGUACGGCAGGUACACCGAGCACAAAGACAUCCCUCUGGGCAUCAGAGCCGAGGUGGCUGCCAUCUACGAACCCCCACAGAACGCCUCUCAGAACAGUCUGGAAAUGUUGGAGGAUCCCAAAGCUGCAGCUGUGGAUGAAAUUGCUGCCAAACUGGGCCUACGCAAGGUGGGGUGGAUCUUCACUGACCUGCUCUCCGAGGACAUGAGGAUAGGCACCGUCCGCUACACGAGAAAUAAUGAAUCACACUACCUGAGUGCAGAGGAGUGCAUCACAGCUGGUUACUUCCAGAAUCAGCAAUCAAACACCUGCAGACUGUCUCGAGACGGACAGUUCGGCUCCAAAUUCGUGACUGUGGUAGCAACAGGCGGUCCAGAUAACCAGGUGCACUUUGAGGGAUACCAGGUGUCCAAUCAGUGCAUGGCUCUGGUGAGAGACGAGUGCCUACUGCCCUGCAAAGACGCUCCCGAGCUGGGCUACGUUAAAGAGUCCUGCUCCGAGCAGUACGUACCAGACGUCUUCUUCAAGGACAAAGACAAAUUUGGAAAUGACGUCACGUUUCUAGCCCGACCUCUUCCUGUGGAGUACCUUAUUAUAGAUAUAACUACCACUUUUCCAAAGGACCCCCAGUACACCUUCUGCUCCAAACAACGCUUCCCCAUUGAGAAUCGUGAAAUCUUUGGAGAGACACAAGAUUUCCACAGUUUAGCGACGUACCUGUCCCAGUGCACCACCACGGCAUUCCUGGACGUUGUGUCAGACUUCCAUCUGCUCCUCUUCCUCGUCACCAAUGAAGUCAUGCCUCUGAGCGACAGCAUCGGGCUGCUACUAGACGCAGUGAAGACUUCUAACGAGGAUCUGGCUCAGACCUGGAAGAAGUCGGAGCAGUGGGCUACAAUCGAGCAGCUGUGCAGUACGGUUGGCGGGCAGCCCUCCAGCUCUCUGGGUUACGGGGCGAUGGGCGGCCCCUCUGCCCCCGCCUCCUCCUCAGCCAUGUGGUCCUGCGUCCACUGCACCUUCAUGAACCAGCCUGGCACAGAGCACUGUGAAAUGUGCAGCCUGCCCCGUAGUUAAACUCCCUCUCCCCUUCCCCAUCCCCCCUCCUCCCCCCCAACAUCGCGCCCACAUCCCGCCUCCACCGCUCCGCCGCUUUCCCCUCCCCCCCCUCUCCUCCUCUAAUCUGAUCCGGCCCAGCCCUUCUCUUAACCCGCCAAUGACAUCACAGCGUCUGGAACAGCUGCCAGAUUCGGAUGCCCGUUUUUUGGGGGGGUUAUUUUUCUUCUUCUUUAUCCGCCUCACUUUUGAAGCCUCUGUCCCUCCCCCAUCUCACGGGCUGCUG